AGUACGCGGAAAACGCAGUGCCGGGUGGACACUUUUCGUAGACAAGUGUUUUUAUGAGAACAUUUUUUACAGGGAACAUGAAGUGCUUUGAACUUUAAAGCUAGUUAUUCAGCUGGGAAAGGGACUCACUGUUGAGAAGAAAGUCAUCCGGGCGUAAGAAGAAAACAGGAGUAAAUUCAAAAGGGACUACAGGGUAUCAUACAGACGUAUGGCUGUGGUGUCUGCUUCCUGAAGACUCAAAAGAAGAGGAGAACAAAAUGUCUUGAACUUUUUGAAAAGACGAACAGCAGAACUGUGUGUUGCAUCUUUAUUUGAUGGGUGUGUAUCCCAACCUUCACUCCCCACUUCUGUGUUAAGCAUAUUGAUGGAUUCCUUCAACUUUCACUUUGAGAGGGUGAGUAACGUGGACCUGCAUCCUCUGAGUUGUCCGGUGAACAGACUCUCUCCAGCUAAGUCCACCAGCAGCAUCGACCAGUUCACCCACCACCAUGGGAAAGGGGAUUCCGCCUACAGCUCCUUUUCCGGGGGCUCCAGCGCCCCAGACUACUCAUCUCCUUUCAUUCAGGAGGAGAUAAACCCCCAUUCCAUGCAGUACUCUGACCUGAAGUAUGUGAAGGCUGUCUACAAUCCCAACGACCUCAACGCUGGGCCCAAGGGCAUGGAGAGGCUCUAUAGGUCAAUGGAGGCCAUUUCCCAGCAGUGUGACCAACGCAACUCCUUCAUAGGUGGGCGAUGCUGCAACCAAGAGUCUCCACCACCACCACCACCACCUCCACCCACUCGCCUGGACAGUUUUAUAACAAUAAGGAACAUGGAAAACUCCAGGGCUUAUGCGAAUCCUGAGGGCCAGGUGGCAGAGACACCCCAGCGCUGGACCCAUGCAGCUAGUCUCGAUGCAGCGUAUCCCAGGCCUGACCCAAUCUACAGGCGCCGGGUCUCACAGCCCAACCUGAGGGACCCAAUGAGUCGAAGUGAGGUGGGUCAGGUGCCAGAACCACAGAGACCUGCAAGUGCCGUGAGCCGGACACCGACAGGCUUUAUUCCACUGGAAGGCCUCAAGCAGCAGGCUGGGGGUAGCACUGGCCAAACUGAGAUGCAAAAACAGAGGAGGCACUCAGUCCAGGAGAUGCAGACCUGGAGCACCCAGCAUGGGACGCAGACCAUCAUCAAUGGAAACAUCCAGCACAAGGGGCAGUUCUAUUUUGUGACAGGCAUGUGCAAGCCACCUGAGCCCAAUUUCAAAGACACGCUCAGUGGUGUGGAGGAGGGGGAGGAAGAGCAGUGCUCAGAAGAGCAGCAAUGCAAGCCAGUGGUGGAGAGGUCUCACAGCAAAGUGGAACAGCUGCUCAGAAACCAUCACAGACGUCAGGACAGCUGGGGCUCCCAGGGUGAGCAGAUGGCCUUCAGUCAAAACCAGGACAUCAGAGCAAGAACCCAAUACAAAGAGCUCAAUGAUGGUAUCGACCCACCUGGAUCAUUACCUGUUGCUGAUAAGGGGUCACACAGCUUCAAUGCCCUUGAUGGACAAAGCCAGAAUGCCCAGGGCAGGGAGCUUGGCCUUACUUCUCGCCGCCACCACAGCAGUAGCAAUCACAUCUUCUACUGUGGUCCAGAGGACCAUCUUCCUCAAUCAAACCCCAGCACCAAGGAAGCAGGUCUACCACCCCAAAGCUUGGACCCAGUAAUUAGCAGUAAGAAAGCUGACCAAGAGAACAGAGGGAUGAGACAGCUCUUUGAUGAUGUAGCUAAGGAGAAAAUCAGCAAGGAAACCACACCCCUCCUGUACCACCUGACUGGUGAGAGUAGAGGAGUCUUGGCUAACAGGCCCAAAACUGACAACAACCCCAAUGGGAACUGGAAGGAGUCACGACGGAACAGUGGAGCUCUGCAGUGGCAAAGCAAGGAAGGCCCCACCCACCGGGAGGAGGGGGCCUCAAACAGUGCCUCCAGGACCACACCCACCCAGGAGAGCCAGCAUAGGAUGGAGUUGCCAACUGACUCUUACAACACGCUGGAUGAGUCAUUCAAGAAGUACUACAAAGAGAAGCUGAAGGAUGCCCAGAGCAAGGUUCUUGGGGAGACAUCCUUCAAGAGGAGGGACCUGCAGCUCUCCUUGCCCAAAAGGAUCAGGCCGAACCCUGAGAAGAGGCCCACUGUGCUUCCCUCCACCUUUUCCUCGCAGGGUUCCUCCCUGGCUUCAGAGAGCUCUGUACCCUCGGUACCAGGCAAGGAUACUAUCAAGGAAAGUGACAAGGAGGACUGGCAGGAGAGCAUUCUGGAAGGCAGCAAGGAGAAGAGGGAGGAGAGUGGCAAUGAGAGUGGUAAGGAGUGUGGCACAGAGAGCAGCAAAGAGGGCAGUAAGGAAUGUGGUAAGGAUAGUGGUAAGGAGUGCAGCAAAGAGAAUGAGAAAGAGAACGGGAAGGAGAAUAGGAGGUCCCCGAAUCUUGCUCAGCCGCAGGUGGCUCGAAUAGGUGGCAGAAAGAGGCUGACAGUGGAGCAGAAGAAGAUGUACUACUCCGAGCCGGAAAAGCUUCACCUGCUGGGCGAGGGACCAUCUCAUACUGCGCACCGUUCCCUCGGCAGUGAGAGGGAGAGCCUCUUCUCCAGGGACGACCUAAGUGAACAAGGGCUGGUUUCUUCCCGGAGGAAGGUGUUCGAGACCAGGGGCCGCGCCCUUUCGGCCUCCAGCCUCUCCAAGGCAACCCUGAAGGAAAUCCAACAAAAGGCCCUGGUGGCCUAUAUGGAGCGUAAGAAGGGCCACAGAAGUGCCGAGCCCCAGCAGCCGGCCCUGCUCACCCCCGGCCAGAGGCACUCCACGGCAGGGAAGCCGUCAGACUGGGGUCCCAGGCCCGUCUCUGGAAGUGUGGGCCCUAAGAAGAAGCUUCUCAGGCCGCUCUCCGCAGGCCGCAUCCUGGACUCCUCGUCCAGCUCUGUCAGGUACUCCCAGUUUGUCUCCCCUCAGCACGGUGCUCACAUCUGUCAGUCCAGUUUGAAGGAGUCUGCAGGUUCUGCUCCAGAGAAAGCGGCCUCAGCUGAGAACCUGCUGGACCAGCCUGAGCCGCCGGAGUUCUUCCGGGCCCGUUCCACCUCCACGCCCCAUGCCUUUCAGACUAUGAGCAACAUUAAAGAUGUGUCACCAGAGGGCGCUCUUCAGAGAGCAAGUUCACCAAAGAAAGCCGAGGGGGAGGUGGCAGCGGCUAAAACGCGAGCUGCCUCAGUCUCAGAGGUCCAGCGAGUUCGGGUGGUGGCCCCCAGAGGGAAGUCCAUGGAGGAACUGGGCGUGCCCCAGGUCAGCCGGCCUCCGGUCCUGAGCAAGAGCUCCGACCAACUGGACCAGCUCCGCACCCGGCAGAGGAGUCUCUUUCCCAAGCAGGACUCCAGCCCCCGGCUGAGUGGCAGUGAUGACAGGGCUCUCUCCAGAACCCCCACCCCAGCGACCCCCCCAGUCUCCGGCUCCUCGCCACGGGGUAGGGCCCAGUCCACCUCCUCCAGUGUGGCCCCCCUCAGCCCUGAGCGUGUGGGAAACAGCGUCUUCUACAUUGACAGCCCCCAGACGCUACCACCACCCCCUCACACCUGGGAGUCCCCUGAACGGGAGUCCCCUGCCCCACCCAGCCCACCCAAGGGCCUCAAUGAGAGCAGGGCUAGUUCUAGAAUAAAGACCGCCCCUCCAGUACACUCCCUCUUGACAGAACUCUCUGGGGAGGAUCAGGACGGGUUGCCCGAUUCCACCCAGGAAGUAUCCCUGAGCCCUGGUGUGACAACGGACCCCAGUUUGUGGCUCCUCGAAACAAGCCCUGCUCCUCCUUGGCCCUCUCCAUCUCCUGCUGAUGACGCCGGAGUGAAGGACUCUCCAAACCCUCCACCCUUACCGCCGGAAGCUGAUUCCCAAGCCACUGUAGCGUUUGUGGACCCAGCGGUGGAGAACAGCCCGAGCACGGAGGGCGACCCACCAGGAAAGCAGCAGCAGGACGAGGAGGGGGUGGAGCCAGAGGAGGGACCACAGACAGGGGACCCUGAUUUGCCCACAAGUGCCGCGGACGAAGCCAAGCCUCGGUGGGAGGAGCUUGUGGAGGAGGUGGUGGCAAAGGACCAGUCGCUGGCCCGCGUCCUGUGCCCGGUGACCAAUCGGAAGACGGCGGUGAUGCUGAUGGAACAGCUGCUGUCGGAGGACACGCUGCUCAUGGAGGAACACUACAGGAGGAAACAGGAGAAGAAGAACAGCAGUGCCCAGCAGGCUGGGGACAGGUCAGAAACAAAGGAAGAAGAAGAAGAGAAAAUCAUCUCGCCUGCCUGUGACGAAACACAUCAGAAACAGGAAACACACCAGACUCCAGGAAGUGAUGUCACAGAGAAGAAGAGACUCCUGAUGUGGCACAUCGAGCAGCGUCUGCAGGCGGUGGAGGCGCAGCGGGAGGCCCUGCAGGAGGAGGUGCGGGAGAACGAGCUCCAGAGCGGGGCGGUGGACGCCCUGGUGCGGGAGAGCUGCCUGCCUGCUGAACACGAGCGCUACGCCCUGUUCAUCGGGGACCUGGAGCGCGUGGUCAGCCUGCUGCUCUGCCUGUCCACCCGGCUCGCCCGCGUGCAGAACGCUCUCAGCACCGUGGACGAGAACACGGAUGCAGAGGAGAAGAAAUCUUUGGACAGUCGGCACAGUCUCCUGUGUAAACAGCGGGACGACGCCAAAGACCUGAAGGACAAUCUGGACCGGCGGGAGCGCGUGGUGUCCGCCAUCCUGUCCAAGCACCUGACGCCUGAGCAGCUGCAGGACUACCGCCAUUUUGUGCAGACCAAGGCCUCCAUCCUGAUCCGCCUGAAGGACCUGGAGGAGAGGCAGCGACUGGGGCAGGAGCAACUGGAGUCCCUGACCAAUAGCAUCCCGCCCUGAGCGUCUCAGACCAUCCAAUACCUGCCCUCUCCUGCUAGUGACAUCACAACUCUCCGAUGACUUCAUACUCCACACGCCCUACCAGGGAUAUGUGCUAUUUUCUGCGUACUAUCUACAUGUGUCACCGCUGAUUUCAUUAUUGGGGAAAGUCAAAGUGACUCUGAGUCUCUGAACUUCACUGGGACUUAUUUUCCACUGCAAUCACUUUGACUACAUUUCACAUCUGUAGCUGUUCCUUAUAAAUACACUAAUAGGCUUUAAAACUUUUUGGAGAUGACACAAUGGUGCAGCAAUUAUGAAGGUAAAAUGGAAGGAAAAUAAGGAAAUGUUAGUUUAAUUUAUUUCUAAUAAUUUGUAAAGUUGGCACUCGGAAACUAAAACCAAAAAAUAAUCAAGCACUUUCAUGACCUUUUAUGACCUGUGCAAGCAUUACUAUAUAAUCUUAGAAAUGUUUGUUUUGAAUGCAUCAAGCUAAACAUAUAUUAUUUAUUCUAAGCUUUUACAAGGUCAUUUUUGUUUAUGAAUAAAAUAUAAAUAUAUAUAUUUUUGGGGUGGAUAUAUGAUGGAUAAGAUAGAUAUAAGAUGUCUGGACAUCGCAAACAAAUUCUUCCAUCAUUAUUAUGUGGCUGUCCCACUUUAAUUACACAAAUUUGUCUUAAAUUUGUUCACCAUGAAGUUGACUAUUGAGUCCAAAGCUGAACUGAGCUCUUUAAUACCUUUUAAAAGGCACAUCUAAGCUGCUUUGAAGAUCACAGGACGCAGUAUCAGAGAAAUGUAGGUGCCUUAACUCUUAUGUGCCGACUACUUUUGUGACUGUGUCGAACUAGAUGUUUAAAUGCUGUUGAGGUUUAUAUUGUUUUCCCAUUUUCUGUCAGAAUCUUGCUUUGUGAAAUUCUUACUGUGGUCUUUUUAAGCCUCACCGAAGUGUCAUUAUCAGAAAAAAAUGGUUUUCAAAAGGAUUUAUUUAAAUACUGUAACCCUUAACUAAUACUUUUAGUUCUGCGUUUGAUUAUAAGGUAGUGGUACUGUUCUGUCUGUGUAUAUGUUUGGAGUGUCUCGGUCAGUCUGACUCAUCUUCUUUAAGUAGUUAGAACAGAAGCAAUCUCACCUGCUGGCUACAAAACUGUAACGAUGUGUAUUACACUUAAAUAUGUGUCAUUUAUAAUUAGAAUGUGCUGUUCAUGAAGUUGUUAGCGAGCUUCUGGAAACAUUAUGCCUUUGUCCGAUAAUGAGCUGUUAUUCUUUGCACUGUUUGGUCCUGGGUUGUAAUUGACCGGUAAAAUUCAAAAGCAAUUUCUCAUAGUCACCCCUAUUUAAGCAUUUCCUAUUAUCUUUAAGUGCACUAAACAUGCGUAUUGCACAGGCUGUUUAGGUGCAUGUCAGUGGGAAGCUCACUCAGUCAUUGUCACUAACAAUGUUCUGUGUCACAUGCACCGGGGGUCACUGAUAAUAAGGUUUAAAUAAUACUCAAAUCACUGCUCUACGAUUCCCGAUUUCAGGUGCAAAAAUAUCCAUGGACAUUAUGAAGGUUAAUCCUCUGUAAAUAUGUUCACAAACAAUAUUUAAGUGAACUGUAAAAUAAAAGAGAAGUUGUGUUUUUAGGUACCAAAUAUCUUCUCAAUGUAAUCAUGAAUAGCUUAUUUUGAGAGCCACCAGUAGGGGGCGCCAAGUCUGUUCGAGUAUCGACUGUGUCCAACUGCAGACUGUCCAUGGAAAGGUUAUCGAUGGGCUUGCAGGCAGCUUUGCCGGUUCAUUGCCUUCAGGAAAGGAAUGGUUUGCUCUUAAGAGAAUGCCAUAGAAACUUCAACUGAGUUCCACCUUGGCUUGGUUUGUUUGGGUUAAAUCGGACAGACUGCAGAUUUCAGAUGGGAAUUCUGAUUCUUUUCAUAUUUUUGUUGGCAAAACAAGGCUUGUUUGCUUUGGGCCUGCUUACAGAUGGUGGCUUCAAAGACUUAGCAUGAGGGAACCCCUGUACUUGUUCAUAUGACCUGAUGUGGAACAGAACGAUAUUGUACCAACACAGGAGAAACAUGCCCGGUCUAUAGGAGCUCCAUGCCAUUUCCUGUCAUGUACAUACAUGUGUCAUGUAUAAUUUAUCUUUAUGAGUGUGCACGAUUUCAUUAUAAACAGUGUUUUGUUUGGAUUCCAGAACUGGGGUGUUUUUCUGUUGUUUUUGGAUUUUUUAUUUUCUUCUUUUGGGGAGGGGGGGUAGGACAAUCUGUUUGCCUCCGUGGGGAUACAGUUACAUAAUUGAACUCUUUGCAGAUUGUGGUGAUGACUUUAAUAGCGUGUUUGUUGGUGUGUGUGUGUGUAUGUGUGUGUGUGUGUGUGUGUGUGUGUGUGUGUGUGCGUGUGUGUUGCGUCCGUGCACAAGCAUGUGGACAGUGGUGAGGAGUGUAAUUGUAAAAGAUUGAGAUGCAAAUGAGACCAACCAAUUAUCAAAUUAUGGACAACUAAAUGAAUAUGAAGUAGACUAAUGAGUGGGACACUUUCUCCUGUCUGUGGCAGAAGCAUUGCCUUCACUUUCAGUAACCUUACUGCACAUGCUACACAAAGCUCUUAUUUUGAAUGUUGUGUGGAAAGCAGACCAAGUUUGAGUAUAUACAUUUUGUUAUAAUGUGAAUAAAUGUAAUUUCUUCCUCCUA